AGCUCACUGGCACCUACCCAGGGAGCUUGACAGCUGAGUGGGGAUUCGAACCCAGGCCUUGGUCCAGCGCUGCGGCAGCAAACUUUUAGGGGUGAGGGAAGCCACGCCUGGAGCAGGAAUCACAAGACGCUCCGGAGAAAGAAUAUUCCUCGUGGCCUCUCGCAAAUGAGUACAGCGUCCUCGUUCGCAGGCUUCGGCCCAAUCCUGCCUCAGUCCCCAAGCUAGAAUCCAAAUGGCUUCUGAUACACUAAAGAAGGAACCUCACCGGAUCAUGUGGCGGACUUGAAUAUUUGAUGGGCCGCAGCUCUGUCGUUCCUCUUGUCCCAGCCAGGUGAACAGACACAUUUCUUGGGUUCUGCGUUUCAGCUGUGGGGCUGCAUCUUAGUUGGAGUUGCUUGGCAUGAAAACGAGGGGGAGGGUGCCCCGUUGGCACCAGCCUUGUACAAAAGUCCCCAAGCACCUCUCGGGGGAAUUUUACCCUCCUGAGCCAGAACCUGACUCUGGACUGAAGCCUUUGGUUUGUUGAUGGAACGGUGAGCGUCUCCCUUGGACAUGAAUCCAGUUUUAUUGCACAUCUUUGGGGAAAGGAACUCUUCCUGGAGAUCAUGAGAUGCGGUGAAGAAAUUCUAAGUUAAAUGGCUGCCUCCACCCAGGCUGAUUCAGCGUCCAGUGCCUGGUGGAACUGCUUUUUCCUCUACGACGGCUCAAAGGUGAAGGAAGAAGGGGACCCCACGCAAGCCGGGAUUUGCUAUUUCAACCCCCGCCAGACCCCUCUGGACCAACAGGAACUGCUGUGCGGACAGGUGGCCGGCAUGGUCCGCUGCAUGCAGGAGAUCUCCGGCUCUCCGCCAGGCCUCAUCCGCCUGCGGAAGCUGAAGUUCGCCGUAAAAGUGGACGGAAGCUACCUCUGGGUGCUGGGCUGCACGACCGACCUCCCCGACGUCAGCUGUGAGCGCUUCCUGGAGCAGCUGAUCGGACUCUUCCGCUUCUACAACGGCCCCCUUCGUCAGGCCUACACGGAGCGGACCCCGGAGGAGCUGGGCCAGGCGUGGGAGCGGUAUGUGGAGCACCUGCAGCACCACACCAGCGACCUCCACCGGAUCUUUCAUUCCCUCUGGGCCUUGGACAAAACCAAAGUGGAACCGCUGCUGUUGCUGAAAGCCGCCCUCAUCCUUCAGACCUGCCAGCGCACCCUGCACGUGCUGGCCGGCUGCAUCCUCUACAAGGGGCUGGUUGUCAGCACCCAGCUGCCACCAGACCUCACUGCCAAAGUUCUGCUGCAGGAGGCAGAAGUGGAGCCAAAGGACGAGCCAGGAAACGCGGAGGUGGUGCAGAAUGACGGAAGCGCCCCGACGUCUUCCGUGCAGCCCCCUCUACCUCAAGGGGUUCGGAUUACGCCCGUGUACCUCUUGGAAGAAGAAGCAGCCACCCUCCGGGACUUCCCUGUGGAGUGGAUGACCAGCCAUUCCCACGGUGGCCAAGAUGGCACGACUUCCCCAGCUGCGGCCGGCGGGCCGGACGGCACCAGGCUGGUGAGGAUGGCCCUGUACGUCCACUGCGUCCGAGGCUUGGUCCUCUCACUCCUGGCUGAAGAACAGUUUGCGGAUGCCGGAAGCUCCAUUGAGGACGUGUAUCACAGCAGCCUGGCCUCUCUCAACGGCUUGGAGGUCCACCUGAAGGAGACGCUUCCGAAGGACGGCCUCCCCUCCGCCAAGACCACCUACGGCUUCGCGCACUACGACUCCAUCCAGAACAUCCUCACCACCAACUUCCUGCCGACCACCGUCGCUCAGGACCGGCCUUUCCUGAGAGCCGCUAGCCUGAUCCACGCCAGCUUCAACCGGAUGCCCUCAGCUUCAGAAAUCACUGUCCGAAAUGCCUCCUCGGCCGUGUACGCCUGCCAGAACCCUGUCCAGGAGACAUACUUCCAGCAAGUGGGCUCCCCGCUCCGCAACUCGGGCGUUCCCAACCCCCAGGACAGUGCCUUCGCCUUGCCCGGCAAAGCCAAGCAGAAGCUGCUGAAGCAUGGGGUGAACCUCCUCUGAGUUGGGACAGCCAGCGUUGGCGGAGCUUUGCCUAAGCUACGAACUGCCGGGACGUUUUCGUACGGCGGUGGACGUGUUUGAUGGUGGUGGGUUUUUUUAAAUCUGUCGAACGCUGCCAGGACUUUUAUUCCGCUCCGUGCUGCCUCAGCUGUUCCCCCAAGUGCUCAGUCAGCCCUAGCAUGGGCUCAGCCGGGUAGGUCUCGUCUCUCCUGAGCUCAGUAACCCCAAGCAGGUGGAGUAGGCAUCCGUGAUCACUGUGCGCAGCGAACGUUUGCUCCUAUGCCAAAGAACAUGUGAGCCGGCUCCGUCCCUGUCGGGCAGCCCUGGCUACACCCACACCUCGCCCCGCCCCACCCGCUUGGCCCAAUGCAAAUUCCAGAUGUGAGGAAGCCCUCUGGAUAGGACUGCCCACACGGGGCUAAAUUUGUAGCUCACCUCCCCCUGGAAUUUCUUUGGAGGGGCGCUUCUGGAAAGCCAUGUGGUACAGUCCUCCCAGGACUGCACCAUUUCACCCAGCUCAUCCAAAGCCCUCUCAUCAAGGAGGACGGCUCUGGAGGAGCUCACUUCCUACGCCGAAGGGGUUUUCCGGGUAGGGGGUGCUUUGGAACCCCGUAUCAUUUCCUCAGCUGCAGAUUCAAGCGACCACAGCCCUGGGAGGGCUCUUUCUGGACAGGAAGGCUGAACGGCUUCUCUCGCUGCAUCAGCAGUCCCAUCAGCUUUCACCCUCCCGUCACCGUGCCGCUGAGCCACGGGAGUCUUGUUCCCCCAGCCCACGCAGACACACCUGGCUUUUUAGCCAGCUCUCCUGCCUCCCCCGUGGAACUGUGCUGGCUGCAGCUGGGGAGAGGCCUCUCUCUUUGCACUGGCUGGUGGUAGCACUGCUCCACGGCCGCGUGGAAGGGGCCCGGCCUCAGCAGGGCCAGCCACCCCCCAUGGCCUCUCUCCUGCCCCCAAACCCCUGGCUUUCUUUCUCCCUUCUGAACUGGGUUGCACCCCCCCCCUUCGUCCUCCCUCUGGCAAGUGGGACCAGAUGGCUUCGUGCACUCUCCCUCUGCCCCCCGACCCGACCCAACUCUCCACUCAUCAGAGCAGGCCAAUCCACUCAAGUAUCUUGGUGGCAGCAGGCAUUUGCAGUGGAGAGGCGACCAAGCUCCUUCCUGCGGGGGCGAGACGGGAGACGUUUCACGGCACACCUCAGCACUAUACUCGGCACCGUGCCGGGGACAAUAAAGUUGGCCCAGGGCUUUGAGCUUUCCCAUGAA